CAAUGGCGGCGAGGAAGGCAAUAAAAUGGGACUUAACAAAUGUCAACAACAGAAAUGUUGAGCUGAGAGUGGUGGCCACACCUGGUGGAUCAGGAGAAGGGAAGGACCAUUGAGAUCUGGCCAUCCAAAGCCAGCCGGUUGGAUUGUGUUCUCCUUAUCUUUUGUUUGCACUCCAAAAGAGGCAAGGCUGGGAAACACACCUCCCUCCCGGCCAGUGGAAAGGGGAGGGCCCUAAAAGAGGAGCCACCAUGAGGCACGGCCUAAAAAAAGAAUCUGAGCAGCUAAUAUUCUGUCCCGUGAAGUUUUCUGACCACCACCGAAGGCCCCGGUCGGUACGUCAGACAGGCAAGAAUUUCUGAUUUUCACCAAGCAUUCAUCAAUCUCUGCUUCGGAAGACAAACUUCGAAGUAUUCAGAAAUAGUGCGACAGCUGUUCUCAACUGCAUUCACGCAUCUUCAGUACAUCUGGUUUUCUGGAACGUAUUUAGUUUGUUAUCUGAGCAUUGACAGAAUGUCCAUUGGUCAGUUAUAAAAAGGCCAUACUACUGGAUCUGCACAUAUACAGGCAGAAAGUUCACGGGCAUCAGCUUUGCACUGAGAAUAAUUUCUGUCAUCCCAACAAAAAAGAUGAAUAAUUGUAGACUCAGAAGACGCAGAAGAACAACAAAGACAUCAAAUCACCUUAGAAGGAGCACCAGUAUUUGGUUAUAGUGAUAGAGGCAAUUUUUGAAGAACAGCCUGUGUCCAAGAAUUACAAAUUGUGGUCAGAAUAAUAUGCGAACAGAUCAUGAAGAACUCUGUGGCAGCAGUUAUGGAUCUUUCUGUCUGAAUGGUGGGAUCUGUUAUACCAUACCUUCUGCUUCCAAUCCGUUUUGCAGGUGUGUUGACAACUACACAGGAGCUCGUUGCGAAGCAAUCUUGCUCCCCAGCAUCAAGAGCCACUCAAGAGGAGAACUGUUUGUAGCCGUGUUGGCUUCGGUUGUCGUUCUCAGCGUCUUGGUAGCCGGAGCGUUUUUUUUCCUUUGCAGGAAAGGCCAGAUCCCACGGGCCAAUGCCCUGGAGCGUGGCGAACACCUGUUUGAGGGAAAUGGCAGGGAUGCUUGCAACAAAAUAACUGAAUAAAGAAAUCCAAAGAAGGAAUUAUGGACCAGCUGCAAGAGAAGUGGAAAAGCUGAAACCACGUUGGAGGAUAUGGAAUCUGUAUCAGUGUUCCCAGAUACUCUGAACGAAAAACGUGAUUUACGGGACCAAAUAUCUAUGCAGAAAUAUGCACAGCUUAUGUUCUUACCGUUCCCAGACGCUGGAGGUCAGAGGUAUGUGAAGAUGCUGAGAGAGACAUUUGAGUCAACUCCGUCCUCGGUAAUUAAAAUGGACAAAAUGCUUUUAAAGUAUUUCCGAACAUUAGUAGGUAGUAUUGAAAAGCUGUUGGAUAUCUUCCAUCCGUUUUUAUUGAAGGCGAAAUCAGCUUUAUGCUUUAGUAUCCUGCAACGGACUUUCCAUGUCAGGAGCAAGCUUAGCGAACAAAAUCAGAACCAUUUUAUGUAAAAGUUCCCACAAUGUACAGUGGUUGACGUCCGGGGGGGGGGGAGCCCUUUUAGGGUCAUGAUGUAGUCACCGUAUUCCUUUUUUUCCCCUUCUGUUUGAAACAUUUCCAUUUGUAAAUAAAGUUUAUCCUUUUCAAAGAUGUAUCUGAAGUCUCUCCAAAGUAUCCUGGGUUUGAAAUUCAUUCAUGUGUUAUCAGUUGGUUGUAAAAGACAACUAAUUAAGAAACGACGCCUGGCCAAGCCAGAGUAGAGUAAUAGUUAAGGACGAGGAUUGGGGAGGCUCAGGUGUGGGGCCACCUUGGUCCUGGGGUUAACUUACUCUCAGUCCAGUCUACUGACAAAGUUUCUGUUUUAGAAAAGAGUUGGAAGAGUUUCUAGAACAAGGGUGUCAAACUGGAUUUCUUCGAGGACUGGAUCAGCCUCUGUGGGCUGGGGGAGGGGAAGGAGAUGGGACGGAUGCUUCCUGCAGCACCCUGCCAGCCAAAAUGAGGUGUGGGGGGUCCACUCCUCCGGGCCUCGUUUUCACCCCCCAGGCCUUCUGCAGCACUCUGGUGGCCAUUUUCGGCCCCGUUUUUGGGCUGUUUUUCGGGCCCAUUUUAGCCGCCAGAGGCACUGAGGACUGAUCCUUCGGUAUUUCCAGUCUGGCUGCAUGGGCUGCAUUUAAGCUCCCCGUGGACUGGAUCAACACCUUCAGUUUGACACCCCUGUUCUGGAAGAAAACUGAGGUGGGAAAAAAAGUUCAGCAAACUAACAUAAAAUUAUAUGUAGUUCUGUAAUGACUCACAAAUCAUUUCUUCUUCUUACUCAUGAAACCAUCAAUUGGUCUGUAGGCUUCUUCUUUAAAGGUUUGGUGUUGUUGUUUUUUUGCACACCUUCUGAUUUGAAAAAAUUGCCAACCACAGACCCGCAGAAUUGAGGAGGAGAAAAAAACCUAUUUAGCCAUUUGGCUAUAAAUGGAUUUAUUUCUAACAGAAUCUCACCUCU